AUGAAAUUGUCGACGCUAUUACUGAUAGCGGUGCUGGCGCUUGCAGCAGCUAUUGUUCCCGCCCUUCAGCUCGAUGCGAAAGAAACUCACUUACGUCAACUACAAGAGCAGCCGAAUGAUCCGCCCCAUCCUGAACAGACUGAACAAACUGGAAUGCCAGGUGAUGCAUCGGACGGUGUUGUUGGUAACAACGAUGAAAUCGUGGGCUGUUUCCGUGGAUCGUUGAAUUGGCCGCGUUGCUGCCAGCGCACACCUAAUAUCUGGCCUGAUUGUAAUUCUGCUUGUCGUAUGCUGCCGCGGGUCAUUUAA